GAGCACCUGCAGAAUCUUCUCAAGACGAGCAAUCAUCAUCUUAUGAAGGUUCAAAUGUUGCUGUUAGUAUGGAAGUCUCAGAACCUGUUGUAGAAAAUGGAGAGACAGAAAUGUCCCCAGAAGAAUCAUGGGACCACAAAGAAGAAACAUGUGAAGCAGAUCUAGGAGGUGGCCCAUCAGGAGAUGCAAGUCAUGCUGAGGAGAGUGCCCAGGAAAUGAUGGAGGAAGAGGAGGAAAUACCAAAACCUAAAUCUGUAGUAGCACCACCAGGUGCCCCUAAAAAAGAACAUGUAAAUGUAGUAUUCAUUGGGCAUGUAGAUGCUGGCAAAUCGACCAUUGGAGGACAAAUAAUGUAUUUGACAGGAAUGGUUGACAAAAGAACACUUGAGAAAUAUGAGAGAGAAGCUAAAGAGAAAAACAGAGAAACCUGGUACCUGUCUUGGGCCUUAGACACAAACCAAGAAGAACGAGACAAAGGUAAAACAGUAGAAGUGGGCCGUGCCUAUUUUGAAACAGAGAAGAAACACUUCACAAUCCUAGAUGCCCCUGGGCAUAAGAGUUUUGUUCCAAAUAUGAUUGGAGGAGCUUCUCAAGCUGAUUUGGCUGUAUUGGUUAUUUCUGCAAGAAAAGGAGAGUUUGAAACUGGAUUUGAAAAGGGGGGACAAACAAGAGAACAUGCAAUGUUAGCAAAAACAGCAGGUGUAAAACAUUUAAUAGUUCUUAUUAAUAAAAUGGAUGAUCCAACUGUAAACUGGAGUAAUGAAAGAUACGAAGAAUGUAAAGAAAAGCUGGUGCCAUUUUUGAAGAAAGUUGGCUUCAAUCCCAAAAAAGAUAUUCAUUUUAUGCCCUGCUCGGGACUGACUGGAGCAAACCUUAAAGAGCAAUCAGAUUUCUGUCCUUGGUAUAUUGGAUUACCAUUUAUUCCAUAUCUGGAUAAUUUGCCAAACUUCAACCGUUCAGUUGAUGGACCAAUCAGGCUGCCAAUUGUGGAUAAAUAUAAGGAUAUGGGCACUGUGGUCUUGGGAAAGCUGGAAUCAGGCUCCAUUUGCAAAGGACAGCAGCUUGUGAUGAUGCCAAACAAGCACAACGUGGAAGUUCUUGGAAUUCUUUCUGAUGAUGUAGAAACUGACUCAGUAGCCCCCGGUGAAAACCUGAAGAUUAGGCUUAAAGGAAUAGAAGAGGAGGAGAUCCUUCCAGGGUUUAUACUCUGUGAUCCUAAUAACUUGUGUCAUUCUGGACGUACAUUUGAUGCCCAGAUAGUGAUAAUUGAGCACAAAUCCAUCAUCUGCCCUGGUUAUAAUGCAGUGCUGCACAUUCAUACCUGUAUUGAAGAAGUUGAAAUAACAGCCUUAAUCUGCUUGGUAGACAAAAAAUCAGGAGAAAAAAGUAAGACACGACCGCGUUUUGUGAAACAAGAUCAAGUAUGCAUUGCCCGUUUAAGGACAGCAGGAACCAUCUGUCUUGAGACAUUCAAAGAGUUCCCUCAGAUGGGUCGUUUUACUUUAAGAGAUGAGGGUAAGACCAUUGCAAUUGGAAAAGUUCUGAAGCUGGUUCCGGAGAAAGACUAAGUACUUUUCUCGAUGACCCUGCACAAUACUGUGAGGAAAAUUGACUCUGCAAAAGCCUACUUCACACCGCCUUCUUAUUUUCUGCCCAUUGAUAACUUCUCCCCAUAUUUUGCAAAGACAAAUUUCACAGCAAAGGUCCACAUUGUCAGCUUUCUCAUAUUGAGAGCUCUGCUAUGCCACUGUUGAAUUUCCCAAAAAGGGUUUUUUUCUCCCAAAUUUGCUUGCAAAGAUUUGGCAAUAGCUUUGUAAGUGAUGUGGACAUAAUUGCCUAUAAUUAUGAAAAUCUAAAGGAUUUUUAAUGUUUAAUUUCCCCUGGCAUAUUAAGACAUCUUUUUUCCAGGCAAAUCACUCAGCGUGUGAGUGUGCGUGCACAUGUUACAAAGACAACUACCAUGUUAAUAAACAAUUUGAAAUCCUUUUGGUAUUGGAAUUGCUUUUGAAUAAUGUUUUUUAUCCAGAUGUUUCACUGUUGCAUUAGCAUUUUAACUUUCCAAGUUUCUAAAUAUUCAAUUACUUGGAGUUUUCAAAACUCCUCACCACUGUUUCCUCUCCCCGCAUUUUAAAUGAGGCAAUUAGACAAUUGACAAAGUUUGUAUAAAAUGAAUUUUUGCCCCAUUCUGUUGGGUAUUUUCAUGCAUUGUUUAAAUUAAAUACCUUUAUGAAAGUAUUGACACUAUUUUAUUAGCUUUCCAUUGGUUUAUAUCUAUAGCACAUCUUGGUUGAAUUAAUUUCUUAGACACAGUAAGUUGGGUCGAACGAUAGAACUCUAUACUGUGUUGUUAUAAAAAGUAUGACAUAAUCAAAUUCUUAACCUUCAGAAAAUGCUAACAACCAGUAAAUCAAUGGAAGUUGCACAAACAUGGUAAUUGAGGCAAUAAUGUCUAUAAUGGUAUUUAUAAGUGAUUUUUUUUUUCCUGAAAACUGGGCCAGUCGAAUAGGUGCCAGUUCUGCAGGUUACUUAGUUCAUUCUGUCAUUAAUUUAGAAGGCUGGAUAAUCCUUGCUUUUUUAAACAUCUGUCUGAAUUGAGUGAGACUAUUUAAGACCCUACUUGCACAUACUGAAAUUUAGGAGGUGCAGAACAAAGUACAGUCUGCAAAUUUUUGCGUAUCAAACCAAUUUAAGUUUGUGUAGACUGGUGAAGAGCUUUCUUAAGAGAUUAAACCCAUAACCAGUUUAAAAUUAAACUUCCUUAGUACAGCUUGAAAGAGCUACAUAUUAAAACCAUACCUAGUUGCAGGUAAAAGUGAAUUAUCUCCUGUUGCCAUCCUGGUUCGAACAGUGAGAAAGAGGAUGAAUGGGAAAUGUGAGACCUACAAAGUAUUAAUGAAAAUCUCCAUUACUAGAUUAAAGGGUUAACUUCAGAGUUUCUUCAGAAUACUUUUUCUUAAACUAAAUAUUUUGCAAUUGUAAAAUUAAAUAGUGGUGAGCCCUUGCCUUCCCCGGAAGCUGACAGUCACAUGACUGUUUCAGUUUACAGAACUCAGUUUUAUUUAUCCUUUUUUGUUUCUUUGUAAUUGUGGAAUUCCCAUUCAUUUCACUUAAGGCUACAUUGUAUGGACAGCGCAAGUAAUUGUCCUUCAGUUUCAUAUGAUUACACUUGUCGCUACCGUAAUGCAUGAAAUUUAAAUAAAUUUUAUUAAGUCUGCAAA